UGAAAGUCUGACCCUCCCGCUGGAGAGGGCACAGGAGAUGUUGGGCAGCUGGCAGACUGGCCUCCUCCUAUUGAGCCCCAUUUUCCAGAACUAGGCUGGUGCCUCCCUAUUGGCUCCCAGGCGCUGUGUUCAUAUCCGGCGCUCAGCAACCGUGAACGGCCCUGGACUGGGCCUCUCAGCGGUGGCAGAAUCUGUGCCUCUCCCAAGUCGGGCAUGGAAGUCACCUUGACCAGGCAGAGUCCUGCCUCUUGCCUGCUGGGUGGGGAAUGACGCCCUUUGUGCUUUAAGAGCUGGGUAGCUCCCUCUUAUCUCCCUGCAGGGAUCCAUGGGCUCUCUGCCCAGUCUAGCGUUACAUGCCCAAAUGAGAAACUCGCCUCCUUGUGAGCGCCACAACUUCCCUGCGAGGCCAACCAAAGCAAGCUGCCAGCAUUGUAGCAUUCCAAGCCAGGGGCUGCAAGAGCGGCUUCGGUGCUGGCUUCUGUGGGCCACCAGCCGCCCUCCCUUGAAACUUUUAUUUCUAAAUGUCUCCUCUUGAUUGAUUGAUCUACCACUCUCCUCCUAUCCUGCCUGUUCCUGUUAGGCGUUUUGCUCAUCCAGGAGCCGCCAACGUGGUGCCCUCCAGCGGUGCCGGGUCGCCCCAUCGCCCCUCACACGCCCCCCCUUCUCCUGCCCCUCCGCAGCGCCCCCGCGGUUCGCCUUUCCCCUCCCCUGCAGCGCCGAGGCGGGGGCUUUGCUCCGGAGGGUCACGCGCUGCCGGGGUGGGGAGGGAAGAGAGGCGUCUUCCUCCUCCUCCUUUCGGGUGGGCCGGACGAAGAGGAAGAAGGCGGCGGCUGCUGCUGGCGUCCCGGGGCGGGCGGCCAUGGCUCGAGCGGCUCCCCCCGGCGCGCUGGAGCUCUUGCUGCACAAGGCCACUGACCCCAGUGACCCUGAGGAAAACUGGGAGUGCAUCCAGAGGUUUAGCAACCAGGUCAACGUGGAUGCCAGCGGCCCCGGCGUAGCUCUGACGUUGCUGGAACAUAAGAUCCAGUCACCACAGGAGGCCGAGGCUCUACAUGCGCUGACCGUCCUGGAGACGUGCGUGAAUAACUGUGGCGAGACUUUUCAUCACGAAAUGGGGAAGUUCCGGUUUUUGAAUGGGCUCAUCAAAGUCCUGUCUCCCAAGUACCUUGGGGCAUGGUCAACGGACAGAGUCAAAUCUCGCAUCAUCAAGGCACUCUUCAGUUGGACCGUGUGGUUUCCUCAGGAAGUGAAAAUCCGGGACGCUUAUCAAAUGCUGAAGAAACAAGGAAUUGUGAAACAAGAUCCCAAACUACCGGAAGACAAAAUUUUGCCCCCACCUUCUCCAAGACCAGCCAGUUCUAUUUUUGACGGAGAUGAUGAAAAAUCCAAGCUUUUAACAAGGCUCCUAAAAAGCAAAAACCUGGAGGACCUGCAGGCAGCCAAUAAGCUGAUCAAAGAGAUAAUCAGAGAGGAGCAGGAGAAAUCGGCGAAGGUGUCCAGGCGAACGAACGCCAUCAAGGAAGCUCACAGCAGCGUGGAGGCCCUGGAGGAGAUGCUGAGCAGCCGCCAAGCAAGGGCGGGCGCAGGGAUGCCCGAGUCCCUGGAGCUCCUGCAGGACACAGCCACAAAGUGUGAGAGGCGGAGACCUCUGCUGUUCCGAGUGGCCAGCGAGACGGUGGAGGACGAGGAGGCUUUAGGGGAGGUUCUGCAGGCAACUGAAAGCCUCACGCAAGGGCUGUGCCUCUACAGGGAGGUUGUGGGCUCCGCUGGGGGUUCUGUGACCAGCCCUGCUGAUACCGGCGCUGCCCCUCGGUCCCUUCCGGACAGUGCAAGCAGUGUCACGCUCAUUGACUUCUCCGAGCUGGACUCUGGGCUGCAGGCUCCAGAGAGUGCAAAGGCAGGGUCUUCCCGUGGCAAGCUCCCCUCCUCACUGGAUGAGGAGCUGAUGCCACUAGGACUCCCCGACAGCCUGACGGCGGCCGGUUCUCCAUUCUCCAGUAGGACCCCUGAAGCGAUGCCGCAGUUGCCUCCUAGCCCUGCACCCUGGGACGGCUCCUUGGCCAAGCUUUGCAUCCCGCUGAGUUCCAUUACUCUGAGUCCGAUUCCACCUGUCACUGUCUACGAGCGGGACGGCCUGAAGGGGAUGCUUCACUUCUCCAGGGACCCAGUUCCUGGCCAGCCAGCCGCCAGGGUGCUGGUCCUCUCGCUGCUUAGCACAUGCCCUCACCCAGUCCGGGAGAUUGUGUUCCAGGCUGCUGUGCCCAAGUCGAUGGCCCUUAAGCUGCAACUGGCCACAGGGUCUGAGCUGCCGGCCUUCAACCCCCUCCUGCCCCCGUCUGUCAUUUCCCAAGUCUUGCUUCUGGCCAACCCUCAGAAGGCUCCACUCCGGCUGAGGUACAGGUUGUCAUUCACCCAAAACGAAACAGCCCACGUAGAAACCGGGGAGGUGUCCGAUAUCCCCCAUGCAGAGCUGUGGGGUGGGAGCUGGUGACAGCUUGCCUGGUGACUUCAGGAGAUACCCCAAAGCACCAUCUCCGUGGCCCUGGGAUACCAGCACCGGGCCCUUUCCAGGGCCAUUAAUGUCAGUUUUGUUUUUGUGACGCUUUGGAGCAAGGCUGCUUCCUCUUCUUAUAAACCAAUCAAUACAUUUUUUGUGGGGGGGAAGUAGCUGUUGAUUCAUUUGGACUUUAUUAUCAACACUGGAUACUUUCCCCCCAAUAAUCUUGGAAGGGACCAAUUCAUUUCUGUCUUGAGAACAGUUUUUCCAAAGCUAGAAAUGCCACUUUUAAUGUAUCUUGUCUUACAUAAUUUAAGGACUGGGUGUAACCCUCUGCAUAAAAUGUAUCCUCUUUCCUAUUGGCUGAGGAUCUGUGAUAUUAUGGAAUGUGUGCAACCCAAUGUUCCACAGAAUACGGACAAUAAAGUUUUGCUGUUUCUAAGAA